UACAAUCUGGGUCAGCUGCAGCUGGUUUUACUGCAUUUCUCCAUGUGGCAGGCAGAGCAAAGCCACAAUGCUUUCUCUGCUGGAUUAAAGACAGCCCGCAGACCAGGAACUUCCACUCUACUACUUAAAAUUACAUAGGUGGCUUGUCAAAUUCAAUUGAUUAGUGCUGUAAGAAGAAAAAGAAGCUCCUUAUUACAGCUUGGAUUCAACGGUCCAAAACAAAAAUGCAGUUGCCAUUAAAGUCACAGACGAACAAGCGUCUACACUGAUUUUUAAAAGCAAGAGUAAGAGCAGCAAGUUUCUGGGCUUGCUUUAUCAACAGAUGCAAAAAGAUAGCAUACAACCUCAUUUCAAAAUGAAGGCUUUUAUCUGGACCCUAAGUGUGCUAUUCUUCCUACUAAUGGGCAUUGGACGUUGCAGAGGAGGACAGUUCAAAAUUAAAAAAAUAACCCAGAGGAGAUACCCUCGCGCCACAGAUGGUAAAGAGGAAGCAAAGAAAUGUUCAUACACAUUUCUGGUACCUGAACAAAAAAUAACAGGGCCAAUAUGUGUCAAUACCAAAGGGCAAGAUGCAGGUACCAUUAAAGACAUGAUCACCAGGAUGGAUCUUGAGAACCUGAAGGACGUGCUCUCCAAGCAGAAGCGGGAGAUAGAUGUCCUGCAGUUGGUGGUGGAUGUGGAUGGAAACAUUGUCAAUGAGGUAAAGCUGCUGAGGAAAGAAAGCCGUAACAUGAACUCCCGUGUUACUCAGCUCUAUAUGCAACUACUGCAUGAGAUUAUCCGAAAGAGGGAUAAUUCACUUGAACUUUCCCAGUUGGAAAAUAAAAUCCUCAAUGUCACCACAGAAAUGUUGAAGAUGGCAACAAGGUACAGGGAACUGGAGGUGAAAUACGCUUCCUUGACUGAUCUGGUCAAUAACCAGUCUGUGAUGAUCACUUUGUUGGAAGAACAGUGCUUGAGGAUCUUUUCUCGACAGGACCCCCAUGUGUCUCCUCCUCUCGUCCAGGUCGUGCCACAGCACAUUCCCAACAGUCAUCAGUACACUCCCGGUCUGCUGGGAGGCAAUGAGAUACAGAGGGACCCAGGCUAUCCCAGAGGUUUAAUGCCACCGCCUGAUCUGGUAACUUCUCCCACCAAAAGCCCUCUCAAGAUACCACCGGUCACUUUCAUCAAUGAAGGACCAUACAAAGAUUGUCAGCACGCAAAAGACGCUGGACAUUCAGUCAGUGGGAUUUAUAUGAUCAAACCUGAAAACAGCAAAGGACCAAUGCAACUAUGGUGUGAGAACAGUUUGGAUCCUGGAGGUUGGACUGUUAUUCAGAAAAGAACAGAUGGCUCUGUCAACUUCUUCAGAAACUGGGAAAAUUAUAAGAAAGGAUUUGGAAACAUUGAUGGAGAAUAUUGGCUUGGACUGGAAAAUAUCUAUUUGCUUAGCAAUCAAGAUAAUUAUAAGUUAUUGAUUGAAUUAGAAGACUGGAGUGACAAAAAAGUCUAUGCAGAAUAUAGUAGUUUCCGCCUGGAACCAGAAAGUGAAUUCUAUAGAUUGCGUCUGGGGACUUACCAGGGGAAUGCUGGGGAUUCCAUGAUGUGGCAUAAUGGUAAACAGUUCACCACUCUGGACAGAGAUAAAGAUAUGUAUGCAGGAAACUGCGCCCACUUCCAUAAAGGAGGAUGGUGGUACAAUGCCUGUGCACACUCUAAUCUCAACGGAGUCUGGUACAGAGGAGGCCAGUACAGAAGCAAGUAUCAAGACGGGAUAUUUUGGGCCGAAUACCGAGGUGGCUCAUACUCCUUGAGAGCAGUUCAGAUGCUGAUCAAGCCCAUUGACUGAAGAGACGCAGUCUCCAAUUUAAAUGACACAGAACUCUAUUUUUCAGUUCCUAAAAAUGUAAAUGUUACAUGUAUAUUAUUUUGCACAAUUCAUUUCUACAGAUAUAGUUUUUUAAGUGAAUUUUUACUGUAACUAUAAAAGGGGAUUUAUGAAUAUAGAUUCAUCUUCCCUUAAUAUACUGUAGAAGAUUAUCUAUAAUCCAAGUUAUUUUAAAAAUAUUAUUGACUGAAUACAGGCGAAGUUUGUUUUCUAAAAUGUAAAUUAUUUGUGACAACAUAAAAGAAAUUUUAGCUUUAUUUUAAAUCAAAAUUCAAUACAUGUCAAGAUCCUUAACAAUUUAUUUAAAGCCUUUAUGAGAAUGCUGUAACUUCCAAUGGAAAAAUAAUUUUAAGAUUUCAGCAACAUCAUACAUUUUAUUUAUAAAAAAUAGACAGGAAAUUAGAAAAAACUCUAGUUUUGCCAACAAUUUGCAUUGAAUAAAAGUUAUUUCAAAUUGA